CGAUCGAGUAAUUCGAUCCUGCUCGAAAGUGCCCCGUCAGAGAACCUACUGCUGCUGCAGCAGACAAGUAUUUUGUGCUAGGAUGUUUACUUUUAAUAUUACUAAAUAUCGUAAAUGAAACGAAUGCAGCGAACACAUACGCUAGCUGUCGGCACGUCUAUAAAAGCCAUGGCGAAAACAGCAUAGCACGUGUUUGGUUUAGAGUUGGCAACAGAGGGUUACUCUUUCGCCCAAUAUUUACACGGUUUACGGCACACUUUUGCCUUGGGGUGCCUUGUGAUUCUACGUUCUUCAUCUCUGUUUCGUUUGAAAAAAAAUGGAACUCGUCUCGCUUCGGCGUGUGUCAGGAUCCUGUGCCCGGCGCGAAGCGGCCGUGCAAUGAUGUCGGCGACGAGCUUAUGUUAACGCAGACUGUCACCAAUGGUUGGAGCCAUGCGUGAGCCUGAGCUGGACGAUGACUCCAGUCAUCUACCGGAUUGGAAGUUGCCGCUGGCGUUCAGCGAUGCUCGACACGCGUCUGAGCCCUGCGAAAGCAUCCCCACACAGACGUGGCGGAUGAAAGAACGGAUGAAAACGGUCAGCGUGGCUCUUGUGAUGUGCCUAAACAUUGGUGUGGAUCCACCAGAUGUGGUCAAGACGCAACCGUGCGCACGACUUGAGUGCUGGCUUGACCCACUCCAGUCGCCCCCACAGAAGGCUCUGGAGAGCAUCGGAGCAGCACUGCAGAAGCAGUACGAGCGGUGGCAGUCGCGUGCUCGCUACAAGCUCAGCCUUGAUCCCACCGUGGAGGAGGUCAAGAAGCUUUGCUCCUCACUCAGGCGCAACUCCAAGGAGGAUCGUGUCCUCUUCCACUACAAUGGCCAUGGGGUGCCCAAGCCAACCAUCAAUGGCGAAAUCUGGGUCUUCAACAGGACAUACACACAGUACAUCCCGCUGUCCAUGUAUGACCUGCAGCAGUGGAUGGGUGCUCCUUCCAUUUACGUAUAUGACUGCUCUUCUGCUGGCCUUAUCCUCGAGUCAUUCAACAAGUUUGCCAUCCAGCAUGAGCGUGAGUUCGAGAUCUCGCUGGGAAGCGUCAAGGGGCAGACGCCACCCUGCUACCGGAGCUGCAUCCAGCUUGCUGCUUGCCGCCAGCACCAGGUACUGCCGAUGAACCCAGAGUUGCCAGCGGACUUGUUCACAUCAUGCCUGACAACGCCCGUGCAGAUGGCUCUCAGGUGGUUUGUGCUGCAGAAGGCAAGCCGGCUAGUGCCCAGUGUGACACUUGAGUUGCUGGAGCGAGUUCCAGGCCAGCUGCAUGACCGGCGCACUAUGCUGGGUGAACUGAACUGGAUCUUUACAGCCAUCACAGACACCAUCGCGUGGAACGUGUUGCCCAAGGCACUGUUCCAACGCCUGUUCCGACAAGACCUGCUAGUUGCGAGUUUGUUUCGCAACUUCUUGCUGGCAGAACGGGUGAUGCGUGCAUACGACUGCCAGCCUGUGUCACAGCCCGCACUGCCGCCAACCUUCCAGCACCCCAUGUGGCAAGCCUGGGACCUGGCAUUGGACUUGUGCCUGGCUCAGCUGGCACGAGUCCAGCAGGGGCAUCCCUUUCAGCACUCACCCUUUUUCGCCCAGCAGCUGACAGCCUUUCAGGUGUGGCUAACCUUUGGCUCGGAGCAGUCGGCUCCGCCGGAACAGUUGCCCAUCGUCCUGCAGGUGCUGCUCAGCCAGAUCCACAGGGUCCGGGCACUCGACCUCCUAGGCAGGUUCCUCGACCUGGGCCCCUGGGCGGUCAACUUGGCUCUGUCAGUUGGGAUCUUCCCGUACAUCCUGAAGCUGCUUCAAAGCUGUGCCCGAGACCUUCGACCACUGCUCGUUUCCAUCUGGGCCAAGAUACUGGCUGUCGACCAGUCGUGUCAAGUAGACCUCGUUCGAGACAAUGGCCAUCGCUACUUCCUGAGUGUGCUGUCAGACCUGUCCAUGCCGCCGGAGCAUCGAACCAUGGCUGCCUUUGUCAUGUCGUGCAUCGUGGCCAACUACCCCAGCGGACAGGAAGCAGCUUUGAAAGGCAAUGUCAUAGCCCUCUGCACGGAGCAGCUGACAGACAGCCACCCUCGGCUUCGCCAGUGGCUUGCCAUCUGUCUUGGCCGCACUUGGAAUGGCUACACAGCUGCUCGUUGGUGUGGCAUCCGGGACAGUGCUCACGAGAAACUUAGUACUCUACUUGCAGACCCUGUGCCAGAGGUCCGAGCUGCUGCAGUGUUUGCACUCGGCACCAUACUCAACUGCCCUGCCAAGCGCACUGACCAUGCUGAUACCAUAGACCACAACAUUGGCAUGACCCUCAUCUCAUCAGUGGCCAAUGAUGGCAGCCCAAUGGUCCGCAAGGAGCUGGUGGUGGCAUUGCAGUGGCUUCUCUUCGUGUUCGAGACCCAGUUUGUGGCUGUAGCAUACCAGUACCUGGAGGAAGAAACCUCCAAGGAGGCUGUUCAUGCCAACAACCUGGGCAACCUACUGAGUCCUGCCAGUGCAGAGAUCACACCACUUGGCAUGAAGAAGGUGGCAUCACGAGACCGGCUCAAGCUGCUGCCCAUCACUGGAAACCUGCUGUCGGGUGCUGCCGUGGUGGAGGGCCUGCCAGAGCCCCCGCCUGUGUUACUGGCCCAGCAGCAGCAGCAGCAGCAGCAGCAGCAGGCACCCGUACAAGAGAAGAUGCGGCGCGUGUCUUCCAGCACGUCCAUCUGCAGCCUGGGCAGCAUCCUGGGCAGCUAUGGCAGCGUCUACAGCCAGGUGUGGCGUGCACUGGUCACCCUGGGCAACGACCCACACCCCGAGGUGGCCGCCAUGGCCCGCCUGCUGCUCAAGGCCUACCGUGAUAAGGCUCAGUCAAGCUUUGAGGCCAAGAAGUGCCGGAAAAGCUCUGUAUGCCACUCGGAGCCAUCAUCCCCUUCGGGAAAGAUCAGCUACCUGUCAAGUGAGUCCCCUCCACCGACGUCUAUGAACCUGAGCCUACGACCACCGGUGCAGACGCCCACUCGAAGCCAUCAGUUCCAGCAUACAGCUCACUUCAGCCGGUCACGUAAGAUCUUCGACCGAGGCCCCGACGUGCCUGCACCGGUGGCAGAGGACGACACGGAAGAGCACCUCAAUGCACGCAGCUCAUCACCCUUGGUGACAACAGGCUUUGUGGACUGGUGCUCCCAAUACUUCACCCGUCCGCUCAACAAGAUUUUGGAUGUGCCCCAGCUGGGAGCAGGGGACUCCUUGACUGCUAGGGAGUCCCCCUGGUGCCAAGUGCAGGUUACACAGGCCUCAGACUCCGAAAGCAUGGAGCACCAGCAGCGGGAGUGGAGGUUUCUGCGUAAUGCACGGAUAAGGUUGGCUGCGCAGGCUGAACGUCGGAAAACCGCAACUGGAGCGCGCCUGGACGAGCAGGUGUUCUACAGCCGGUGCCCCAGCGUUCCUACCUGCCUAGCCUUUCAACCGCAUGAGGCAGAGCUCUGUGUUGCCAACAGGGAUUCCUAUAGUCUCUGGGAUGAUCAUGGAAACCUUCAGAGCUGCCAUAUGAACGAGAAUCCCGCACAGACACGCAUCACGGCUCUCACCUACCUAAAUGCACAUGAUGUACCACUCCUACUUCUGGGAUCAGUUCACCUUGACUUGACAGAUGACGGAGCCGUUCGUGUAUGGCGAAACUACAGCUUGUCCAACCGUGAAUUGGUGGCAGCCUUCCAAGCCCUUGGAGACGUUCCGAUGACAGCAAGAGGAUCUGGCAUGGUACUAGAUUGGGAUCAAGAGACAACAACGCUGAUCACAUCUGGUGAUGUCAAGGUCAUUCGUGUCUGGGAUACCAACCAGGAGAAAAAAGUGCUGGACAUGCCGACUGGCGCCGACUAUCCCAUCACAAGUCUCUCCAUUGACCACGAGGGCUCCCUGCUAGUUGCUGGAUGUGGUGACGGAACCAUCCGGGUCUAUGACCGGCGGCUACCACCUGCAGACUGCCGCAUCAUGACACUUCGGGAACACAACAGCUGGAUUGUGAACGUGCAUCUAAAUGUUAGGGAGCGCCGCAUCACCAGCGGCUGCGUGACCGGUGAUGUGCGCUUCUGGGAGCUGGGUCAGAGCUGCUCAACACACACGGUCUCUACACACGUCGACAUGACUGCCAUGGCUGUCCACCCGGUCUUUGACGUCUUUGCAUGUGGGUCGGCCAGCCAGCAGAUCAGUGUGUUCAACAAGGAAGGGGACAACAUGGGCUCCAUUCGUCACCACGACUGGUUCAUCAACCAGCGUGUUGGUCCCGUCUCCUGCCUGGCCUUCCACCCAUACAAGAUGUGCCUGGCUUCAGGAAGCACAGACUCCAUCAUUGGGGUCUACACAACCGACCGCAAGCACUGAUGGAGCCAAGCAGACCGUGCCUUACAGGAUGUGGAAAAGAGAUGCGACCACUGCACUCGGUGCAUGUCGGCAGGCGCUCCCGAGUCUACCGUGCCAUUCUUUGUAAAUGUCGAAUGAGGUCAAGCAGUUGCAUGGGUAGUGCUUGAUGCCUGUUCACCAGCGUCAACUGCUCUUUCUGAUCGGGGAAUCAGAAAUGAUGCCCUGUAUCUCCACUCUUGAUCAGUUCUGUGCCUCUCAUUGAGUUUAUUGCUUAUACCUGCCCAGCAAUCUUUCUUUGUUGGGCACCCUGUUUUUGAGGCUAGCGUUGUAGUUAGCCAUGCGGCUAGUGCCAUCUCAUCGCCUGUGGUUCGGAUCCAUUCUGCUUGUAAACUAGUGCUUGCAGGAGAUUGUCACAAGGCUUGCCACUCCGGCACUGUGAGUCUAGCUGACUCAACUUGUCUGACACUGUCACUGAAAGUUUGGUAAAUGUGGCCUUUUUUACAGUGGCUGCAGUCUCACAGAAUAGCCAGGAAAUGUUGGUGCCUGCUAGAAGUGCUUAGGAGAAAAGAAAUGGAAAUUGGAAGUUUUGCGCAAGCAACCAGAAGUGUCAUGAAGUACCUGUCACGGAUGUGCCUAGUCAAAGUGUGGAAGCUGUUUGCCAACUGUUAAGGUUGUUUUGACUGUGCUUGUUGCUGUGUGGAAAGCUGACUAGAUAUUGUGUACAGGGAAUGUGACAAAAGUUUAUGCUUUUGUGUUUCUUUCUUGAAGCUAGAAUGUGCUGGCUGUUUUAGUUAUUGCA